GCCCCCGCCCAUACUGCCAGCUCCCGGCUCUCAAGGCCUUACCCCGUACCCGGCCCCGAGCUCUACUCUCCCGACGCCCCAACAACUCUGGAUGGACGCGGAUUUUCUGCGGUAACGGCUCCCGCUGCAAGGACGCACAGGUGACGCUGCUGCUCUGGCCUGUAGAGGGGACAGUCUGGCUCAUAAUGAGGCCAUAUCACAGCAUGUACCGCAGCCGGAUCACAGCUCCGCAGCCUUUGCCUCACCGGACCCCACUGACCCACAGGAUAUGCAGCCUUGUUCUUCCCAUCACAUCCUGCAGGCAUCUGACAGAAUGACGGGCAGUAAUCCAAUGUCCCCUGGCUCCAGCGGGGAACUUUCCCCCUUUGAUCUAUCUGGGGAACUUGAGGAAACGGAUCCUUGCUCCCCUAUUUAUGACAUGCUGGAUAGUUCUCAGCAGGAUGCGGGAAGUGCUCAGCGAUGGGACAGCCAUGCAGAGAUGGCUGAGCAGGCUAAACAUGAAGCUGAAAUUGAAAACCGAAUUGCAGAACUUCGGAAAGAAGGUUUCUGGCAUCCUCGUCGUCUGUCUAAAGUACCAGAACCAACACGGCCCAAGGUGCAUUGGGACUAUCUGUGUGAGGAAAUGCAGUGGCUCUCUGCAGACUUUGCUCAGGAGCGCCGCUGGAAGAGAGGGGUGGCCAGGAAGUUGGUACGUAUGGUUGUGCGCCAUCAUGAGGAGCAGAAGCAGAAAGAGGAGAGAGCACGUCGCGAGGAGCAGGCCAAGCUCAAGCGCAUCGCUAUUUCCAUUGCUAAAGAAGUACGACAGUUUUGGAGUAAUGUAGAGAAGGUUCUACCAAUUACGAGGCUUCUGAUUCUGAGGGAGUUGAGUUUCUUGUGAAGUCGGAAGAUGACUCUUCCACAGAUCCUUUGCAACAGGACAACUCUGAACCCAAAAAGGAAAUAACGGACAUUGCUGCCACUGCAGAGUCUCUACAGCCUAAAGGCUACACUCUGGCUACCACGCAGGUAAAGACGGAGGUCCCUUUCCUUCUACAUGGUGAUCUCAGGGAGUAUCAACACAUUGGACUGGAAUGGCUAGUUACAAUGUAUGAGAAGAAGCUAAAUGGCAUCCUUGCUGAUGAAAUGGGCCUGGGGAAAACUAUUCAGACAAUAUCUCUUCUGGCUCAUCUAGCAUGUGAAAAGGGGAACUGGGGUCCUCACCUGAUUAUCGUUCCUACUAGUGUUAUUCUUAAUUGGGAGAUGGAGUUGAAACGUUGGUGUCCCAGCUUCAAGAUCCUCACUUAUUAUGGUUCACAGAAGGAGCGUAAGCUUAAAAGACAGGGCUGGACAAAAGUGAAUGCUUUCCAUGUGUGCAUCACCUCUUACAAACUAGUGCUGCAGGAUCAUCAGGCUUUUCGUAGGAAAAACUGGAAGUAUCUCAUAUUGGAUGAAGCCCAGAACAUCAAGAACUUCAAGUCUCAGCGUUGGCAGAGCCUGCUUAAUUUCAACAGUCAGAGGCGACUGCUGCUUACUGGAACCCCUCUGCAGAACUCACUGAUGGAGUUGUGGUCUCUCAUGCACUUCUUGAUGCCACAUGUUUUCCAGUCUCAUCGAGAGUUUAAAGAAUGGUUUUCCAACCCCUUGACUGGCAUGAUCGAGGGUAGCCAGGAGUAUAAUGAGGGUCUGGUGCGCAGGCUGCACAAGGUAUUGCGUCCUUUCCUCUUGCGCAGGAUUAAGCUUGAUGUGGAAAAACAAAUGCCUAAGAAGUAUGAGCAUGUGAUAUAUUGCCGGCUCUCGAAGCGUCAGCGCUACCUAUAUGAUGACUUUAUGGCACAGGCAGCAACACGGGAGACGUUGGCAAGUGGACAUUUUAUGAGUGUUAUCAACAUCCUUAUGCAGUUGCGUAAAGUGUGCAAUCAUCCAAACUUAUUUGACCCGCGGCCGAUCCAUUCACCCUUCAUUACCAGUGGUGUUUCUUAUAGCGUUCCUUCCCUGGUUCUGCGGGUUCUACAGCAGCAUCCUCUCCAGCACGUGGAUUUGGCUUUAUUUGACCUGAUUAACAUUGAAGGACAUGUAUGUCGCUAUGGAAGCGAAAUAGUCUUGCAGCAGUAUAAACCUUCCCGCUCGCUUAUUCAGGAGAUUUCCGAUUCGCCUGAACCCCCACCUCGGCCCCGUCCUGUGAAAAUGAAGGUUAACAGGAUGCUUCCGGUUGCUAGGCCUGAGAGCCGCACAGCUGUUGUAAACAGUCCUCACUUGGUUAACAGAUCUUCAGACCUACCACCAACCUCAUGUUCACUUUCUCUACCCACUGGGGUGCCUGCAGUCAGCACUUCUAUGCCCUCAUCUGGAUCCUUGGAAUCAGCCCAACAGGUGCCCCCAGCACAGGUGAUCCCCAUGGUUCAGCCGUCUGCUGGUUCUUCACCGAUGACUUCUGCAGCUUCUGCUACAGCUAAACCAGUUCAAGCACAAUCCUCCCAGUCUGGUUCCAGUACCACUCAGAGGCUAGUUUUGACCCCUGAUAUGCAGGCCAGGCUGUCCACAGGUGAAGUCAUCAGCCUCUCCCAGUUGGCAUCAUUGACUUCACGUCCUCUGCAGUCUCCAGCAGUCACUAAGCCUCUGACAUUGCAGCUACAGGGAGCCAAGCUUACCCUGAGUGGAGCCCAGGUCCGACAGCUAGGUGUGAACCAGCCUCGUCCCAUACAAGGUAAUGUCCUUCAUCUUGUGUCAUCUGGUGGUCAGCAUCACCUUCUUGGCCAGCCAGCUCAGCUUGCACUGAUUCAAGCAUUGGCACAACAGUCUGCGGCUACCCCGCAGCUUAUCCAGGGUGGGGGUUCAGCUCCCCUUGGGGUUCAGACAUUGUCCCUGCAGUCUUUACCACACUCUCUGCUAGCAAAUGCUAACCUUCCUGCACCCUCAACUCCUUGCAACCCACUUCAAGGGCAGGUACCAUCUCCUGGAGUGGUAAGAAUUGUUGUAAGACAAGCUGCGAGGGAUAGUCCUACAGCUGCUCCCCGUGCUCCCCUGAGCACCAAUCAGCCGCAGACAGCACGUCCCUUACUUCGCGUGCUUCCUGGAACACGAAGUGGUGUUGGAGAGAGAGCCACAGCUCCAGUGGGUGUCACCUCUGCUCUUGCUCUAACCUCUACUCCUUUACUAAUGGUAUCCAGUCCUGCUUUGGCCUCAAGACUUCCGUCACCAGUUGCAAAUGCCCAUCCUGUUCUUCACAAUCACACUGCUUCUAAUUCCGAAGUCUCUAAUAGUGUUACCACACCUUCAAGUUUUGCCCUGCGUCCCCUUGCCCCUGGAGCCUCCUCUGCUCUCCAGUUUACCAACAGUAAUUCCUCCCCACCCAGGGUUUUACAGAGCCCUUCCCUUAACAACUGCCCUGCCUCCCAGAUUCCAAGCCCUUCCCUAACCAACUGCCCACUCAGCCAAACACUGAUCCAUGACAUUUCUUCUGGCACCAUAAACAAAGCUGAAGCUUCAGUCACAAACCCUGCCCUGGUUAUGGUGCCUACUGAUGCCCAGGCAUGCACUUUGCCUAAUGGGAAUGGGUUUAGUUCAAAUUCAGUCCCUCCUGAUACCCUUUCCACCCAGCUGCCCAGUGUUUGUGUACCUGUCACAAACACAGAUUCUACCUUAUACCUCAACCCUCUACUCAGCCGUCUGUCUUCUAAUCCUCCUUCACCACCUGUAAUGUCAGCUUCUGGCACCUCGUCGCCCAUAAUCCCUAAGCUUGCACCUCAGACAUACAAUUUCAGCCUAGUACCUGCUCUCCUUACAAACUCUAAUUCCUCUGCAGCACCAGUUUUGGCAGCUCCUAAUUAUAAUUCUGUUCCAACACGAUUCCUUAGUAGUCCUGUAUCUCUGCUAGCACUGUCCCCUCUGCCUUCCACAAGUAGCAGUACCACCUCCAUUUUGUACACACAUCCUAGUUCUACCCCCUUGCCCACACUUGCAGUUCCUGCAUCUGUUCCCGUUGCCUCACUUGCUACCCACACUUCUUCUCAAGUCCCUACUUCUUCAGUAGUCACACAGACAGUGCAUUCUCCGGUGACUACAGUAGCUCCUCCUCUCUGCUCCCCUAUUCCUGAGCCUACCAACACAGUUACGUUGUGUGCAUCCUCGCAUUCUGCUGCUGGCAGCACACCUGCUCCAUUGCUUACUCAGUCUGCUCCUGUAUCUACCCCUUCCCUGCUCACCCACAGAUCUGCUUCGUUGCCACUUUUGGCUUCCCUAACGUCUCCUGUAUCAUCCCUUCCUUCACUUGUUGCUAGUGGAUCUGCUCCCCUGCCUUCUUUGACAGCAAUUGUAUCUGGCCCGACCAUUGCAGCCUCUGCGUCGUUGUUAUUGCCUCCCCUGGCUAUUCCUGUUUCUUCACCAUUACCUUUGACGACUCCAGUUUCUACCUCCCACAUGUCAUUAACACCUCUAGUUUCUGGUACACUGUCUUCAGUAGCUUCUAUGGUUUCAAAGACUCUUCCCUCUGUUACUUCUGUUUCACCUAGUGUCCCCCCUCUGGCACCUAAUAUUGCUGUAUCUCAGCAAUCACUGGCUCAUCUAAUUACUGGUACUAUAUCUUCUUUAGCACCUCCUAUUUCUGCCACAGUUUCUGUUUCUCUUCCUUCACAUACUGCUCCUGUUACGGGCAUUUUUCCUUCUCUUGUUCCUCCUUUUUCUGUCCCUCUCCCUUCUCUGUCUCCUCCUCUAUCUGAUCCCCUUCCUUUGCUGGCACCUCCUAUUUCUGAUUCUCUACCUUUGUUGUCUCCUGUUGCUAACACAUUUCCUCCUCUGACUUCUGUCUCUAGCCCUCUGACAUCUUUUGGAGCUGUUCCCUCUCAAUCAAUGUCUGGCGCUUCUGUUGCUCUUUCCUCAAUUGCCCAAGCUGCGGGACCUCUCCCCCCUCAGGCUAUGUCUAGCCAUGUAUCCUCGCUACCUGUUCCAGUAGGUCUCCCAUCCUUUGCUCCUGGACCUCUCACCUCUCAGUCUAUGUCUAGUCAUGUGUCCUCACUACCUGUUCCAGUAGGUCUCCCAUCCCUUGCUCCGACUUCUGGACAUCUUUCCUCUCAGGCUAUGUCUAGCCAGGUAUCAUCGCUUCCUGUUCCUGUAGCUAUUCCAUCAAUUGCCCCAGCUGCUGGACCUCUCCCCUCUCAGGUUAUGUCUAGCCAUGUAUCCCCACUUUCACUUCCUUUAGCUCUCCCAUCCCUUGCUCCAGCUUCUGGUCCUCUUUCCUCUCAAGCUAUGUCUAGCUAUAUAUCAUCACUUCCUGUUCCUGUAUCACUCCCAUCCCUUGCUCCGGCUUCUUCUCCUCUCCCGUCUCAGGCUAUGUCUAGCUAUAUAUCAUCACUUCCUGUUCCAUUAGCUCUCCCAUCCCUUGCCCCAGCUUCUGGAGCACUCUCCUCUCAGGCUAUAUCUAGCCAUGUAUCAUCACUUUCUGUUCCUGUAGCUCUCCCAUCCAUUGCCCCUGCUUCUGGAGCACUCCCCUCUCAGGCUAUAUCUGGCCACAUGUCCUCACUGCCUCUUCCUGGCUCUCUCUCUCAUCUCUCCCCUUCUGUUUCCAGUACCUUCACUCCCUUGGUGUCCAGUCAUUUGCUAGUUAAUUCUAUUUCUAGUCCAUUGUCCUCAAUUCCUUGUGCUACCUCUACCCUUCCUCUAUCAGCAGAUACAUCAUCCCAUUUGGGAUCUCUUACUGACAUUUUACCUACACCUGCCGUUCCAGUGCUUCCUCCUGCAUCUUCUGUUGUCUAUAGUAGUGCAGCAAAUGCUAGCUUGUCUAAUCCGGCAUCUGUUUCCCUCCCCUCACUAACUGCCCCAGUCUCUCCGUCUGUCCCUCUGGGUUCCAGUGUAGAAAUAGAAUCUCUCCAUCCUUUGACUGCUGCCCCCUCUCCGUUUCUUCCUUCUCCCACUGAUACUCUAGAACCCCCUUUAUCCCUAACUGUUGCUGGUCCUUCAGCAGUGAGUGUGACCCUCAGCACUGCUCCAGAAACCGAGCUUGUGCUGGAAGGGGAUGGAUACCGCUCAGCUCUCCUCCCCUGUGUACCCAGCGCCAUGAGGCAUUGGCGCCAGCUGCCACCACCACCAAGAUCACCCUUUUAUCUGGAACCACUGGAGGAAAGACGCCGAAAACAGAAGGUAGAGCGUCUGGAUAGAAUUCACUGUCUCAACGACAAGAGGUGUGGUUUGACUCCGGUGUAUGGCAUAGAGAUUCUCCAGCUGUGCAACUUCCAGAAGUGUGGAACAAGUGCUGAUAAAUUGCCGGAAUUCUGGCUCCAGACUUCUGCCAUUAAUCGAUGCAUCCUCACUCCAGAGGAGCGCCUGGAGCAACUGAGACCCCUUAUAGAAAGGUUUAUCUUCGCUAUGCCUCCUGUGGAGGCCCCACAGAUCAGUUUGCACACUUCACACCCACCCCCAUCUCUGCUCCUCCAAGAAUCUGUGUUCAAGAAGACUCUUAGCAGAAAGCUCACUCCUCGUGUACGUUGUCUCCAUCGCAUUGUGUCCAACAUGAGGACUCAGUUCCCCGAUCUGAGGCUUAUUCAGUACGAUUGUGGAAAAUUACAGACUCUGGAUGUUUUGCUGCGUCAGUUAAAAUCAGGAGGUCACCGGGUUCUUCUUUUCACCCAGAUGACCAGGAUGCUGAAUGUUUUAGAGCAAUUCUUAACCUACCAUGGACACAUCUAUUUGCGACUUGAUGGAUCGACGCGCAUAGAGCAGAGACAGGUACUUAUGGAACGCUUCAACAUGGACAAGAGAAUAUUCUGUUUCAUUUUAUCCACUCGUAGCGGAGGAGUCGGAGUGAAUCUGACUGGGGCAGACACAGUCAUCUUCUACGACAGCGACUGGAACCCCACUAUGGAUGCGCAAGCCCAGGACCGCUGUCACCGCAUAGGGCAAACUCGUGAUGUGCACAUAUACAGGUUGGUUAGCGAGCGCACAGUGGAGGAGAAUAUUCUUAAAAAGGCGCAGCAGAAGCGCAUGUUGGGAGACAUGGCUAUCGAGGGCGGGAACUUCACCACUGCAUAUUUUAAGCAGCAAACCAUUCGUGAACUGUUCGACAUGGAAGACUCGUCCCGCAGAGAGGGGGAAAAUCGCGUAGCUUCCCCUGUUCAUACUGCAGAAGAUGACAACACCUCACAAAAAGCGCACAUCCUGGAACAG